CUGGAGCAAAAAGAGCCAGAAUUUGCAUAUGGGGGCCGGCUCAUAAACAAGUGCGCGGAAGAAGGCCGCUGGGCCACCAUGAAGAUAUCAAUCAGCCCAGGCCCAGGCCCAGGCCCAAGCCGAAGCCGAAGCCGAAGCCGGAGCAGUAGCUGCAGCCAAACGAAAUUCGUUUGUCCUUCUGUCAAUGGCCGAUAAAAAACCAAUAAAGCUGCCACCCAGCGGCUUGUUAACACGCAGAUAAAUUACACUGGCCGCCCGCGAGAUUGCCAUCGAGAUGCAGUCAGAAGCCGAUAGCCAGGCCAGGGCACAGGAAGCGGUUGAUUGUUCUGACCAUAACUGAGCUGAGCUUUAGGGCCUGACGAACCCCCAGAACCGACGAUCGAGAUCCGCAUAAAUACGGCCGCCGGUGGGAGCCGCAAUUGCAGUCGUGGCACGGCUUUCGAUCAGUGACUUCCAGUGGCGGCAACGGAUUUGCUUCGGUACGCGAUUGAAUCUCUCGGCCUCUCAGCAUCACCAGUGUUUCCCAGCUCCCUAAGUGAAUCGUCGGGUUUAUCGAGCGUGUAAUUUGUGCUCCGUUCGCGAGAUUUAUGAUCCACGGCACCUGCCCACUGACAGCCUAAAUGUCGGUACCCCGUGCCCCUCGAUUCCAGCACCUCCGCUGGGUGGCCUGUCUGCUGGCCAGCCUCUGGUUCUCCGCCAGCCAGGCUCAGUUACCUGGAACCGGCUUCCAGGGACAACGUCCGCAGGUGCCUCCGCUCCAGCCGCUGCCACAGCCGGCCAAUCCCUUCCAGCGACGCCAACCCAAUCCCGUUCAGGGUCAGGGCCUGUUUCCUGGUCAGCGGAAUCCCCUGAACUCACUGGCACCUCCGCUCACUGGAGCUGCUCUGCAGAACCCCUAUACCCGCUACAACCAGUACCAGCAACAAAACUACGUGCCCAUCACCGCCUACCAAAACGAACUCAAUCUGGAUGGAAGCUUCUCCUACGGAUACUCGUCGGCCGACGGAACCACUGCCCAGGCACAGGGAUACGUUAAGAACUUGGGGUAUGGUGAGGGCGUCGAGGCACAGGUAAUUCAGGGAUCCUACUCGUACACCUCACCUGAAGGCACACCCAUCACAGUGCGCUACAUCGCCGAUGAGAACGGAUUUCGAGCGGAGGGCACGGGCAUUCCAUCUACCCCGCAAUACUUCGCGGGUGCCCAGCCCUAUCAACAGGGCUUGCUGAAUCCCAACUUGAAUCCAUACCAGACGCCCUUCCGCCAGCUGCCACCCCCUCUGCCCAACCCCCCCUUUCGUCCCCAGAUUCCAGGACAACAGCCGUUGACCCCGCUGCAACAGCAGCAGCAGCAGCAGCAGCAACAGCUGCAACAGCAACGCGGAUUCCAGCAGCAGCAGCAGCCAAACUCCGGGCAAUACCAACCGGAUCAGCCGUUCAAUCAGCUGCAUUCCGGCAACUUUCCCGGCCAGUAUGCCGGUCAAUUUGGCCAGCAAUCGUUUGGCAGCAAUCUGACAGCGCAACAGGCACAACAGCAGCAGAAUCUCAACCAGCAACAGCAGCAGCAACAGCAGCAACAGCAACAGCAGCAGCAGCAGCAGAAGGAGCAGCAAAACGAGCAGCAGCAACAGGCGCUAAUCACCCAACAACUGAGGGGCAGACCCAACAACCUGGUGGAUCCCUAUGGCUAUAACCAGUACGGCAGACGCUUCAAGAAGUCGCCAAAGAAAUAACAACGAUUUAAUGUCAUUCAAACGGUUGGUUAGCUUAACGAUGUAGUCGCAACUCAAAGGCAUGAAAUACAUGCAUCUGAAAAGUCAAAAUGCUGGUUUUAAUUUCCGCAGUUCACUGGGGCAAAAUGAUACAA